AUGUCAUCCUCUUUCACGGCUCCCCCGCCGCGGCACGCCGACGACCCCGGCACCUCCGUGGGCUCGUGCAUCCUCAUCAUCCUCGGGCUCUUCGCCUUCGUCUUCGUCGCCUCCUGCUCCAUCAGCGCCUGCCUCGGCCGCCGCGAGCGCGACCGCUCCAGCCGCACGCGGCCGUCUCCCCCGCCGUCGCCGCUGCCCGGGACGCACCGCCAAGACGACGACUGGACGGCGGAGGGGAAGAAGGAUCUGAUCGAGUCGCUGCCCCGGUUCACGAUGGCGUCCGCCCUGGCGGCGCUGCCCAAGAGCUCCCCGGACUGCGUCGUCUGCCUCUCGCCCUUCAGGCCCGAAGCCGAGCUGCGGCUGCUCCCGGCGUGCCGCCACGCGUUCCACGCCGUCUGCGUCGACGCCUGGCUCCGCACCACCCCGACCUGCCCGCUCUGCCGCGCCACCGUCGCGCCCCCGCACCCCUCCAUCGCCGCCCUCCUCGCCGCCGAACAGCCGCCGCCGCCGCCGGAGCCUGCUGCCGCGAGGGGCAGGGACCGCUCCAGGAGGUUCCGCGUCGAGAUGGGCAGCGUCAGCAGCCGCGGCGGGUCGCCCGCCACUUCCACCGCCAGCGACGACAGCCGCACCUACUCGCUCGGAUCCUUCGAGUACCACAUCGACGAGGAGGUCGAGGCCGUCGUGUCCCGCAUGGUGCGCGCCGCGGCCAGGGCCGACACCAUCAAGGACGAGAAACCAGCAGCCCAGGUGUCGCCGUCGCCGUCGCCGCCCGGCGAGGCGGUGGCCGAAGCGGCAGGGACGCCGCCGCGCGGAUGGCUGCGGGAGUACAUGGACCGCGUGGCCUCCUCGGCGUCAUCCUUCUCCUACUCCUUGUCGGCCCGGUGGAGCCAGAGCCAGCAGGGCCAAAGGCAGGAGGAGCCGUGGUUGUGGGACGCAGAGGCGGCAACAGUGCCGCCGCCGCCGCCGCCGCCGGGGUCGGACGAGGAGGUGGAGACGACGUUCAUGGUGCUGUACCGGUGGAUCGCCGCCGUCUGA